AUGACAGCAUCAUGCAGAAUGGUACAACGAAUACAUAAAAACAAAGACCAAUACUUGCAACACUUGCAACAUUUCACUGCAACACUUGCAACACUUCUCUGCAACACUUGCAACACUUCACCGCAACACUGCAACGCCUCACCGCAACACUUGCAACACUUCACCGCAACACUUGCAACACUUCACCGCAACACUUGCAACACUUCACCGCAACACUUGCAACACUUCACCGCAACACUUGCAACACUUCACCGCAACACUGACAAAGGGGUAGUUGUUGACGGCUUCCUUAUUGAGGAUUUGGGCAAGUUAGUGUACGCUGGUUCAUUUGUGUAA